AGAGAGAGAGAGAGAGAGAAAGAGAGCAUGCAGGAUCGGUUCCAGUAGAGUGAAUGAAGAAGAGAGGAGGCGAGGGAUGCUGACAGAUUACUGAUAGAUGGUUGGAAUGACGAACGCUUAUUCGACCCCGGUGUGCCACCGAACAGUAGGUCCGUAGGUCGGAACAUGUAGCCGAAGAUUUCUUCACCUCAUCGAUUAACUUCGGGUUGUGCAAGUGCUGGAUUAACUGACGUUUUAAAUGGCAUCAUCCAAGAGGCGCUGCCGCCUUGUUCAAUGUUUUUUGGGUAUCCUGCUAAAUGCUUGCAUGGGUGUGUCGUGCGAUGCAGAGCUCUCCUUCACCCUGGAGCCGAGUGACAUCAUCGCAGUUCAAGAGCAGCCCCUCAUGCUCCAUUGCCAGGUGGAUGGUAUCCCCCCUAUCACAACACAAUGGAGGCACAACAGCCUGCUUUUAACUCAAGACCAGUUUCACACCAUCUUCAUCAAUGGCUCUCUCCUCAUUGGCCACUUCCUCAAGACCAAAUCGGACAAAACGUCGGAUGAAGGGGACUAUGAGUGCAUGGCCCAGAAUUCUUUUGGGCUGGUGGUGAGCCGCAAGGCGCGCGUCCAAGCAGCCACCAUGGCCGACUUCCAUGUCCAACCAGAGUCAGUGCAUGCUGAGGAGUCCGGUGUGGCCAGAUUCCAGUGCCAAAUCCAUGGCCUACCAGAACCUGUUAUUAGCUGGGAAAAAGACGGGCGUCCUGUGGACACCAAGGAUAAGAGGUACACGCUUCUCCCGACAGGUGUUCUGCAGAUAACAGGAGUGCGUGAGGAGGACAGUGGAAAGUUCUUCUGCGUGGCUCAUAACAGCGCAGGAGUGAAACACAGCGCUGAGGCCCUCCUUUCUGUUUCAGGCUCCCAGUCAUCUGUUUACAAAGAACCAAUGAUCCUAGUUGGUCCAGAAAAUCUCACUCUCACUGUUCACCAAACUGCCAUUUUGGAGUGUGUGGCGACAGGAUACCCUCGCCCCAUUGUGUCUUGGAGCAGGCUAGAUGGGCGUCCCAUCGGCGUGGAGGGUAUCCAAGUACUUGGCACUGGUAACUUGAUGAUUUCCAAUGUUGGUGUGCAGCACUCAGGAGUUUACGUGUGCGCUGCUAACAAACCAGGGACCCGUGUUCGCAGAACUGCUCAGGGACGUUUAGUGGUUCAAGCUCCUGCAGAGUUUAGUCAAGCUCCGCAGUCGAUUGCCCGACCUGUGGGGACCACCGCUAUCUUCACCUGCCAAGCUCAGGGUGAGCCCGAGCCCCAGCUUACCUGGCUGAAGAACGGUCAGGUCUUGGAGCCUGAUGGACACAUCAAACUCAGGAAUAACAACAGCACCCUGACGAUCUACAGCAUCAGUCAGGACGACGAGGCCAUCUACCAGUGCAUUGCUGAGAACAGAGCCGGAUCCACGCAGGCCAGUGCUCGCCUCACGGUGCUCUGGGCUGAUGGACUCCCUGGUGUGCCCACCAACGUGCAGGCCAAGGCCCUCUCGCCCACCACCAUCCAGGUGUCCUGGAGGGAACCCGACCAGAACACACAGGACAUCAUCGGUUAUGUGCUCCACAUCCGCAGGACCCCAGACCCUGUGGAAAUGGAGUACGAGGAGGCGGUCAGUAAGGUAACGCUGCAACAGAUCAUCCGCGAUCUCGAGCCUUCCACCAGUUACACCUUCUACGUCAAAGCCUACACGUCCCACGGGGCCAGCAAGCCAUCAGACAGUGCCACGGAGAGCACUCAAGGGGAAGUUCCGGCACCUCCCUCCCUCUUCGCCAAAGUUGUAAACAGCAGUGUAGUGCAAGCAAUGUGGGAAGCUUCCACCAAGAUGGGUCAACACCAGGGCUUCCGACUGUAUUACAGGAGAGCCCACGCAGCAGUGUUUACUGGUCCCAUUUUCUUACCACGCAACGCUACCCAGUACAACAUCACUCAGCUGGAUCCUUCACUGGUUUAUGAGAUAAAUCUGCUCGCAUACAACCAACACGGAGAUGGCAAUGCCACCCUGCGCUUUGUUUCACUACGAGAGGCUAUGGAGAAAUCUGUUUUAGAUGCCUCCUGUGACUGUGUGCAAGACGAACAGAGCAAGACAUCCACCACCGGCAUUAUAAUUGGUAUUCACAUUGGAGUCACCUGCAUCAUCUUCUGCGCUCUCUUCCUCGUCUUCAGCUACCGUGGCAGGUUGAUGAUCUGUAAGGCAGCUCAGGCCAACCCCCAGGCGGCAAACAGCACCGCACUGGAAUACUCUUCUUCCCAGGAGGCCUCUGGCCCGAACGCAGCCACCAGAAGAGAAAUGGAGGUCAAUUGCAGUGCCGCAGGGAACAAAAUGGUUGACAGAAAGGAGCUGGUGAGACUCUUCCCUCAAGCCAACACGCAAGGCCCACGCGUGGCUGACACAACUCUCUUGACCUUCUCGCCAAAUGACACGCAGUUGUCCACAAUACCACUGGACGACUUUACUGUUGAGCGGGAAAUGGAGACACCUUUCCACGAGUCCCCUACAACACGAACGGGUCAACACAACCAAGGCUAAUCAAUGUAUGAAAUGUCCACUCAGAAUCUCUCUCACUCAGGUUUUCUUUUGAAAGUAGUUUGCAUUUUCUGCAAAGAUUUUUAUUGGUAAGUUAAGAAGUUCCACAGAGUCUAGAACUGGUUGGGGGGGAGUUGUUUUUCGCCAGGCUUGCCCAUGAAGUGUUCUUGACUCUCACUGUCUGGUCAUUUGUUUAUUUUCUGGUGUUUGGCAGCACGCAGAAGAGAGGCUCCAGAUGUCCUUGUUAUACAAAGAUGAUUUCAUUUUUUUCAUUUUUUAAGUUUAUAAAAUGAUAUUUACAGACACAUGCUGUGUCUUAAUCAUGUCUAUGUCAAAGUGGUUUUAAGUUACUGGUCCUAUCACUACUUUUCUGUGGAUGUCAAAGACGCCAGCUGCCUGCUCAAAUAGACCGACAAUUCCAUCUUGUUGCUCACAGAAGGCCGAAACCUUCUUCCAGGGACUCAGUCAGUUUUUCCUCAGGACUUUGUUUUGCCCCCCUCCUCCCCCAAUUGUGAAUUCUGGGCCCUCAUACACGCUCAAGGCAUGUGUGAAUCUUUGAUUCAACAAAAACCUACCUCAGCCGGAAUGAAUGUGUUGCGGGAAGCCUUGGGCGGACUUUAUCUUCCCCUGUGUUCUCACUAAGUGUACGUGCAGAGAAACUGAUGGGUCAGAAUUCCAAGAUCAGGUGCCGCGCUACCUCAGAUGUCAAGAAUCAUAUCUCCUCUUGUGCUUGUUGAAGCAGGAUGAAAAACGAGUAUCCAACAUGAAGCACUUCCAAAAUGCUGACGUUCAUGUUCUACCUCAAAAUUAACAUUGUUAAUAUUGUCACUGUUGUCGCUGAUCUUUGUCUGUUUAUUGCAUCAUUAAUAUUCCUUAUCUCCUCCGUUUGAAGAAUUUGGUGUCAAGUCGAUACAAACUCAUUCAGUACCACAUGCAAUAUCAUGUAAUGUGCUUUGGAUUACAUUGUUUAACUCCGCUGUUCCAUUUGAAAGGCUUAUUUUACGCUCUCUUUUACUUCACCUUUUUUGUUCAUUUAGUAGAACAAAACACUCCUAAAAAUAAGCUGCAAAGAACAUAACAUUUUCCAGACAAUUUACCGGUACUGCCAAAUGUGAUAUUUAAUGCUCAAUUGUACAAAGGCACCAUGACACAAAUGAGUGGUAGGACGUUAUGUGUAUGUGCAUGUCUCAAUGUAUGUGCAAGUCCUAUUUGGUGUUUUGUUUUUUUUCAGUUUCCAA